AUAUUUCUCCACCUCUAGAAAUUUUAUUUAAUAUAAAUUACAGUACUUAGAAUAAAAUGUUCUAUGAACAUAUCAUAUUGGCCAAAAAAGGGCCAUUGGCCAGGAUCUGGUUAGCAGCACACUGGGAUAAAAAAAUAACUAAAGCCCAUGUGUUUGAAACUAAUAUCGAAAAGUCGGUCGAAGGCAUAUUGCAACCUAAAGUAAAAUUGGCGCUUAGGACUUCUGGGCAUCUAUUAUUGGGAGUUGUGCGCAUUUAUUCCAGAAAAGCAAAGUAUUUAUUAGCGGAUUGCAAUGAAGCCUUUGUUAAGAUUAAGAUGGCAUUCCGACCAGGCAUGGUUGACUUACCGGAAGGCCAUAGGGAAGCGAAUGUUAAUGCCAUUACACUUCCCGAAGUUUUUCACGACUUUGAUACCGCAUUACCCGAACUGAAUGAUAUUGAUAUUGAAGCUCAAUUCUCUAUAAACCAGUCCAGAGCUGACGAAAUAACAAUGAGAGAAGAUUACGCCAGUUUGUCGCUUUCGUUACAAGACGACGGCUUUGGAGAUAUUGGAUUUGAAGCGGAAACGCCAGAAGUUAUUCGGGGGUCUUCUGAUAUUAAUGAUAAACUUUUUGAUAGUGACGUCCUAACAAAUAUAGAGCCAAUGGAUCGGCACGCAACCGAGGAUCAAGGUGAUAUAUCUGAGGAUCGAUUGGACGGUGAUGGCUUUGGAGAUUGCUUUGGACAACCAGAGCUUUUCGAAGAUGACCUCUUUGGUGAACCGUCUCAACCAGCUGACCAGAUUGACAAGGAAGCUAAAGUAGAUAACAUUGAAGCUGAUUCCGACAAUGAGGAUAUUGAGAAUUUUAAUGCUCUUCCGUCGCCAGCAACAUCGUGCUUAAACUCAAUCAUUGAUGAAAAGGAAGGAUCAUUUAACAAACACGCCGAAGUCUCUGAAAAUGUAAAACUAAAUGAAGUAACUCUUGUACAAAAUGAAGAUGAGGGAUUCGCUUUAGCUCCAAUUGAUGCAACUGUAUAUAAGGGCAUAACAAAGGCAAAACGCAAAAGGAAACUUAUUAUUGAUGAAAUAAAAAAUAUUUCUGGAGAAGAAAUGAAGGCUCAAUUAGCAGAUACUUCUGACAUAUUGACUACUCUGGAUCUUGCACCACCUACAAAGAGGCUUAUGUAUUGGAAAGAAACUGGAGGCGUUGAAAAACUUUUCUCGUUGCCAUCAAGAUCGAUACCGGCACGAUCGUUAUUUAAUAAUUAUAGCCGACAGUUAUUAUCUCAUUCGACAUUCUUUGAAGAUUUUUCAAGCGUUGCACCUAUGGAUAUUCUUGCAUUGGAAUUUUAUUCGCAAGAUAAGGAAAAUUCAUUGAUUAUCUUAACUAAAAAAGGGCGCAAACGAAAGUGUGACCUUUCAACACAUAAUUUAACAGAUCUUGGAGCAGAUUCGCUAAUUCAAAGCCUUGAUGCUCCCGAUGUUUUGAGAGACGAGCAAAAAUCAUUGGGGUUAUCUGUAGCAUCUUUAAAUAUUGCAUCAAAACACCAAGAAACUUUUGUUGGUCAAAACGAAUCCACUUUAUUUGAUAAUAUGCGGAGUCCAGAGUUGUUAUCAUUUAAUGACAUUGAACAAUUUUCAUCAAUAAAUGAAUUGCCAUUAACUCCGAGAAAUGCAAAUCAAGACAUCGGGGAUGAUUUUAAUCACGGUGACUCUACGCCAGCCGAGUUGGAUCACGGCCAAACAACUCCCCAACAUACAAGUAUUGGAGAAAUAGAUAACAUCCCAAAUAUACCCACAGAUCAAAUUAGUUCAAUUAUAAAAGAAACUGCUGCAAGGACAAGAUUGGAUGACAACAAUUUUUCAAAGGGAUGGAACAACUACGAAAUUUCAACUUUUGUUGGUCAAAAUCAAAGUGAUGAACAAAUGGAAAAUGAAACAGAUGAACAAUUUGAAGAACGAGUUUUAAAUAAAAGAGCUUCUCAACUGUUCAUUGAUGUUAGAGCACAUUUUAUCUCUAAUAAUAAUUUGGCCCUUUCUCAGUUAACAGCAGGAAACUCUAGGAAGCAGGCCGCUCAAAAGUUUUACUCGCUUCUGGUUCUAAAAAAAUUUAAAGUACUUCACAUUACUCAACCUGCUCCCUAUGCAGAUAUAACAAUUACACGAGGACAAACCUUUGAAAAUCCAAAAAUUUAAUUCGAACCAUCAGGAAAAACGCAUCUGUUUUACUUAUUUGUAUUACAUAUUUUAAAUUAUAAAAAUGUAACGUUUUUUAUAUUCUAUAAAAAGUAUCCAAAACCAAUUAAAAUUAAAAAUAUGGUUAUAUACUCAAGGGGUUAGACCACAAAGAUAUGUAAUGAAAAAGUUUAGUGUAAUUUAAUUUUUAACUAUGUUAAUAAAUUGUGUAUGACAAGCGCAGGAAUACUGUCUUAAAAAACACAGGAGCUCACUAUAUUAUACAAGAAAGAAUAGAAUAAUACUUUUAGGUCCGUAUUUUAACGACCAGGAAUGGCUACUUUAACUUUAACAAUAGCUCUAGUUAAUAUUAAAAAUUAUAACAUAUAGGUAAAUUAAUUAUAAUAUAAGAUAAAACUAUGUAUUAAAUAUUUUUUCAUGAAUAAUUCAGACGAAAUGUAAAAUAUUUUAAUUUAUUUAAUGUUGGUAUCGAGGUCUAACCCUGUAUUUUUGGUUUUGAACGUAAUAAAUUUCAGAAAAAAGUUUUCAACGCUAUACAAAUGACGACAUCUGCUACCUGGAAAAAAAGUUUAUGAAGUGAACAUAAACAAUUUAAAUAACUUAAGUCGUAAUUAUAAAAUAAAAUUUGUAGAAAACAAAUAAAUCUAAUAAGAAAAAAUUAUAUAAAUACAUACUACAUAAAAAAAAUAAAAAGUACCUUUCAAGCGGUUUUCAGCGGA